GAUGAAUCUCACCAAGAACCACCUUUGCUGAGGAACAGUGACAAAUGCCUGUCAGGGAAAUCCAAGUCAGUGACUUUGAGGGUAUUUUUUGGCUAUAAGCUCAUUGCCCUCCUCCUUCUAUUCCCAAGGCUGUACAGCAAAGAUGUUUAACAAAAUGCCAUCUUGGGAUACUGCAGCUCUGUGCUGCUUAUUUCUACUUGUUGCAGGAAGGUGCCAUAUAUCACAAGGCUUGGACUUUGAUCCAUUCAUCCAAUAUGAAAUGGACAGUGCUCUAGAAGAGGAACAUUUCCACUCAGAGUGGCAAAGGCAGAAGCGAAAUGUGAUUACUUUUGACUUGCCUGCUGUGGAGUAUACUAUUGACAUUGAAGUAAGCCUUACCGAUUCAUCUUAUCUGGAGCCAAUGAAAGAAUAUUUCAAGAACCUUAGUCUUCCAGCUACAUCAAAUGUUUCAAAUGUGGAGAUGACAGUUUCAAGCCUCAAUGUUACAACAGUUUGUCUGCCCACGGGGGAGAACAAGAGCUGUUGCUCCUGUGAAAGUGGACAAGCAUGGCCAAGAUCAGUUUGUGGUGACUUGAKAACUUGCUCUGCUGUCAGUCUAGCAUCCACACAGUCCUGUGGCUACAUCAAGCAACUGCCUUUCUAUGGGCCCUACUGUGAGCCUCAGACAGCAGAUUCUUGUGGUAUGGAACAGCCCCUUGCAAUAAAUAUUUCGGUCAGACUUGACACAGUCUUUUCAAAUGAUCUCAUGGAUUCUUCUUCUGAAUUAUACAAAAAAUACAAGACUGACCUUGAAAAAGCGUUUAAUGAGAGCUAUACAUGCUUACCAGGCUUUGUAUCAGCAACAGUAACCAGUUUCAGGCCUGGAAGUGUUUCUGUGAACUAUGAACUAAAAGCAGCAUCAGCAACCUUCCAACAGAUAGAAGAUUCUAACAGAUAUGUACCACAACUUCUAGAUACCUCCUACAGGCUAAACCCCACCUCCUUUACCACAGAAAUAACAGAUCAGACAAACUUCACUGUGAAUCCCAUGGAUAUUUUUGAAGGUGACACAAUAACAUUGAUUUGUGAGACAAAUAUAGCUACCGAGAACGCGACCUGGUACCAUUCUGGUCAGAUCGUCUCCAACAGCAACCGGCAUUCACUGAUGAUAAAAGUCACGCAAAGUACCUCAGAGGCAAUUCUUAAAAUUACUGAAGUUACAGCGAUAGAUUCUGGUUCCUAUAUGUGCGUUUUCACAAAGAGUGGUCCAUUCUACAAGCUGAUAUAUAAGGCCACAAAAGCAAUAGAUAUCUCUCCACUAUACAUCAUUUCACACUCAAAUGACAUUGAUGUUACAUGUGACAGUCCUGAGAUGCAGACAAACAGUCCUUUGCUGUUCUGCUGUAUUGACAGACAAGUACCAUCACUAACCGGUGACUGGAAAGUAAAUGGACCUAUCAAUAUUACAGGGGUCUCCAGCUUCACUGGAAACUGCACUGAAUACAAGCUCCAAGUCAAUGCAUUGCUAUGUCCACCUGAGAAGUCGGGUAUGGUGACAACAUACACAUGUGGGCUGCAAAGUGGACAUGGUGCAAGCACCAGUCAAAACAUCUCAGUGACAUAUUUCCGAACAGCAAAUGUAACCAUAACUUCAAGCAUAAAAACAUUUGUUUCUGCGGGAAACUCAUUUAAUCUAACGUGCACAAGUGAUGUGAGCAAUUACGACAGCGUCAUCUGGGAAAUCCAGUAUGGAAAUAACAUGAAAACCAUAGACUGUGCUAUGUGCAUCAACAGCAGCAAAUUCCCAGCCAAGUCUGUGCUCAGUGUGAGGACUGCCACUGAGGACUGGAACGGCACCUACAUCUGCACGUUCACCCAGAAGAACCUGAACAGUUCUGCCAACACSACAGUCAUAGUUGUUCCCUUGCCUCUGAGGCAGAACAUCCUGGUAGACCCCAUCACGGCGUUCAUACAGAGCAAUGUGCCGCAGCACCUUAGCUGCUGCAUAAAUGCAGGAGCCACUGAAAAUUAUGAUGUCACAUUUAUGGUUCAACAAAACGAAUUUAAAGCUGAAAAAAAGCAAGAAGGAAAUUUGUUGUGCUAUUACAUAAUGUACAAUUACAUGGCACCAAAACCAGACAGCAACACAGCUUCGUUCCAGGCAUAUUGUAAGUUCGUUAAUCGUGUUGGAGAUGAAGUCAGGAGUAACAGUAUGACACUGACACCAGUAUCUGGUGGGAAAGUUCAGUGCUCAGGCAGUUUGGGCAUUGGAGAAGAAGGGUCCCAAAUAACGAAGCCGUGCACUGAGCUGAACAGCGCGGACGGCUUUAACCGGGGCACUAUAACUUACGAGUGCAUCAGCGGCUCCUGGGUGGUUGCCAGAAAUGACUGCCUUUCUGUACCAAUAAACAACUUGCUUCUGGGUGCUGAGUCUUUGGUCAAUGAUCCCAACGGAAGAACAGACCUGCCGCAGUAUCUUGAGGAGCUUCAGAGAAACACAGCAGCAGAGCAAAGUGCACUAAAUCAUUCUGCAAACCUAGGUGCAGUUGUUACUAUCCUGGAUUUGGUCUCCACUAUCCCAGCACAUGCAGAGACAGCCACUGUUACAAAUUUCCUCUCUACGGUGGACACGAUUGUUAAUGAUUCCAAAAUAGAAACUUGGGAAACACUGGAUAAGCAGCAGCCACAGAAAAGUUCUUUGUUACUGCGCUCAGUCGAAAGAUUUUCGGAGCAACUCCAACCAGUUAAUAAUACCAUUCCGUCUGUAAAAACAGACACCAUUCAACUAUAUGGCAUAGUAGUGACAGAAAACAGCAACACAGACUAUAAUAAGAACUUCACCAGUAAAGACAACCUCACAGUUAAUGUGCUAAUAAAUGAAGAUGAAGUUCAGACUCUGCCACAAAACUCAACCAUUGUCAGUGUGGCCUACUCAACCCUUGGACGUAUUUUGCCCCAGAGUAAGUCCAUGAUUGUGAAUGGCUUACUGCUAACAACAACUGUGAGCAGAAGCAGAAGCCACAGCAUCUCUAUCAAUAUGACUUUUGCAAAGAAAAAUACUUCCCUAAAGGAUCCGCAGUGUGUGUUUUGGAGCUUCGGUCCCAACAGCAGCGGAGAAUGGAACAGCAGUGGUUGCACACCCACGGAGAUAGGAAAUGAUGUCAUUUGCUCCUGCCGUCACUUGACGUCAUUUUCAAUUCUGAUGUCACCUGACGAAUCCAAUCAGGGAAGCACUGAAGAUUAUAUUACCUACAUUGGCCUGGCCAUUUCCAUCUUUAGUUUGGUGGUCUGCAUUACAAUUGAAUCCUUAGUCUGGAAAUACGUGACAAACAACAYGACGUCCUAUAUGCGCCAUGUCUGUAUACUCAACAUAGCUAUGUCACUCCUACUCGCUGACAUCUGGUUCCUUGUCACCGCUUCCACUCAUUACAAGAAACCUCUCUGUACAGCGGUCACCUUUUUCGUCCAUUUAUUCUACCUCAGUGUCUUUUUCUGGAUGCUCAGCCUAGGCCUUAUUCUUUUCUACCGACUGAUCUUCAUCUUACACAACACAAGCAAGACUGCUCAGAAAGCAGUGGCGUUCUGCCUGGGAUAUGGGUGCCCCUUAGUCAUUGCAGUCAUCACCAUCGCUGUCACUCUGCCAAGGGGUGUUUACACCAGAAAGAAAGUCUGCUGGCUCAACUGGAUGGACAGCAAGGCUCUCUUGGCAUUUGUCAUACCUGUCCUCAUCGUUGUGGUCAUUAAUCUGUUCAUCACUGCGGUCGUCAUAAUAAAAAUACUGAGGCCAACCAUUGGAGACAGGACAAACAAGCAGGAGAGGAGCUCUUUGAUUCAAAUUGGGAAAAGUGUGGCUAUCCUGACACCACUAUUAGGCCUCACCUGGGGAUUUGGCUUUGCCACCAUCGUCAGAAGCAGCUCUCGGGCAUUUCACAUUCUCUUUGCUCUGCUCAAUUCUUUUCAGGGAUUAUUCAUUUUGGUGUUUGGGACUCUCUGGGACAAGAAGAUACAAGAAGCCUUGUUGAAGAGGAAUUCACUGUCCAGAUGGAGUUCACAGCAAACAAAGUCAACGUCUCUUAUCCUGGUCACUCCAAUGUUCUCUAUGAACUACCCAUUUUCAAGAACUUUUAACAAYUUAUGUGGCAAAACAGGAAAAUACCAAGUAUCUUCUUCAGAGCCAUCCACCUCUUCCUCUGAACACACUUCCAAGUCAUAUUCUUUGCUGAACUGAGGAACUGCAAAUGCUAAGCAAUGAACCUGUAAAAGGACCCAUGACCUUUCUGAGUUGCAAACAAAAAGCAUCUGUGAGUCAUCAAGAAGCAACUGCUUCACAUUGACUAAACUGUUCCUUGGUGCAUACUUCUGUAAUGAUCCUUUCUGGUUAAUGURCAAGGCAGGCAAGCCUUUUGAGGCGGAAUUUCAAGUUCUGCCAGUGCCAGAAGAGAUUACAAGACAUUUCAAAUGUGGAAGGAUUUGAAGACCUUCAAGUGUCAGUAAAGACACUGAGACUGAAGAAUUCUCAGCUUCUAUGAGGGUGCUUAGCACUGCGCAGUAUCGAGCCAUGAAGCGCAGUGCCAUCACAGCUGUCGUCCAACAAUUUUAGUAUUUCCCAUUGCCAAUUUUCUGAACAAUGUCAAAAGCCUAUGUAGAUACACAGAUACCUCAGAGCUUCUCAUCCACCCUCCUGUUGGGAGUUUGAAACAGCCGAAGGGGAUAGUGCUCUGCAUUUUCUGUUUAAGACUGUGUGGAACCAAAGAUUCCUGAGCUGAGAAGGUCCAUUUUGGAUCUUUAUUUUUGAGUCUGAUAAAAAGGAAGACCAUGAUGAUUCCUGCAUGGUUAUCUUUCAGAUGAGAUACACUGCAAACUCCACGUGGCAUGUUUUUAAGAUAAGGAAGCAAACCUUAUAUCCAGAACUACAAUUAUCCCUCCCUUGAUAUGUAAUGUGAUGAAAUAUGGUUGCUGUCCUUUACCUCAGAGAGGGCUGCAUUUAUUUAGCAUAACAUACAAAAGGACUCUCAUAUAAAGUCUGUAUUUUUAGGUCUUCUG